GAUUUUGCGUCCCGUAUGGUUGGGCGGGAUUUCCGGUGUUACUGGUCACUUGGCUCCUCCAUCCUGGGUGUUCUGUGCACACCGGGCCCGCCUGGACUGGCAGCUGUGCGGCAGUUUGCAGAGAAGCACCGUAAGGAGAGGCAGCCACCUCCGCGUCUUGUAGGAUCUGGAGGCGUGUUCGAGUAAGCUCACUAGACCGUCUCUCCGCUUGUCUUGGCCCCCGCUCGGUUCGCGGACUUCCUGGUCGGUGUUAGCUCUCAUGGACCUAGCGCAGGCAUCCAUUACCUUCAAGGAUGUGGCAGUGACCUUUACCCAGGAUGAGUGGGGGCAGCUGAAGCCUGCCCAGAAAACCCUAUACAGGGAAGUGAUGCUGGAUACCUGUAGGCUCCUGGUCUCUCUGGGAUGCCCAGUUCCCAAAUCAGAGCUGAUCCACCUAUCAGAGCACAGGCAGGAGCUAUGGAUGGUGAAGAGAGGCCUCUCCCAAAGUGUCUGUCAAGGAGCCAGAGCAAAAUCAGAAACUACAGAGGCAACCACUUCUCAGCUGCUCUUGUCCAAGGGGUCCUCACUUCAGUUACGGCUGAGACAGGGAGCUUCAAGGAACUCCAGGGCUAGAAAAACCAAAACUCAGGAAGGGCCAUCAGAAAUGCAGGAAGGAACCUUAAGGCCAGUGAAAGACCCCCACAAGAAGACUGGCACUGGGAAGAUGAACCCUAAAUGCAGUAAGUUGGGGACAGGUGACAGUCUACACUCAAGGAUUUUACAGCCGCGAGUCUCCCCAGUAGGUGUUCUCCAUAACAGUCACGCACACAGACGAGUUAAAGACCCCAUGAAACAAGCAGGGAAGAACCAUUAUGAAUACAGUGACUGCCAGAAUGUCAGGAAUCGGGAUCUCGUACGUGACUGUGUCCGUGCUAAAGCAAAGCCCUAUGAGUGCAUACAGUGUAGGAAGACCUUCAGCUGUACAUCAGACCUCAUGCAGCACCAACAGAUUCACACUGGAGAGCAGCCUUUUGAGUGCAAAGAAUGUGGUAAAACCUUUUGCAACAGUUCUGCUCUCAGGCGACACACGAAGAGCCACGCUGAAGAGAAACCCUAUCAGUGCAGUAAAUGCGGAAAGGCCCUCCUCAACCAUUCUAAUUUAAUUAAGCAUCGGAAGACCCACACUGGAGAAAAACCCUUUGUCUGCAAAGACUGUGGGAAAGCCUUUUGCUACAGAUUUAACUUGAGCCAACACAUGCAGAUUCACACUGGAGUGAAGCCCUAUGAGUGCAGUGAAUGUGGGAAAGCUUUUUGUCGCAAGUCACACCUCACGGAGCACAGGCGGAUUCACACAGGAGAGAAGCCCUAUGAAUGCGAUAAAUGUGGAAAGUCUUUCUCCUUCCACUCCGGUUUUAUCCAACACAGUUGGAUCCACACUGGCGAGAAACCCUUUAAGUGCAAAGAGUGUGGGAAAACUUUUUGCUCCAAGUUUAAUUUGCGUCAACACAUGAAUAUUCAACACAUUGGAGGGAAGCCCCACACGUGCAAUAAAUGUGGAAAGGCCCUCAGUCAACACUCACCUUGUGUUCAUCAUAUGACUCACACCGGCUAAAACCCUUUGAAUGCAGAGUCUGUGGGAACGCCUUUUGCUACUACUCUGUUUCAGUAGACACUUGAAGAGUCACACUGGAGAGGAGCCCUAGGAAUGCAUCAAGUGCGGGAAAGCUUUCAUUCUCAAGUCCCACCUCAUAAGACACCAACAGAUUCCCAUGAGAUAAGCCAGUAAAUGUGGAAUUGGUUUCACUUAAUAUUCAUCUUUAUCCAGCAUAAUAGGAUCCUUACUGUAGGAAACAGUAUUUUUUUUUUUUUACUACUUCAUAAAAUAACCAAAACACCCCCUCCCUUGCUCUCCUGCUCCCAUGGUUACAUCCUCUCAUUCACCUCUCCCGUACACCACAAUGGCCUAUUUUCUCCAAGGUCACUGGCUCCAGACAGGACUGUGCGGGGUUUCCUGCUUAGUGCUCUGGAGCCCGGUCUCUAGAGCCAUAACACUUGGUGUCAAAUCCUAACUCGGCUGGCUAGGAGCUGUACUGCCCUGUGCAGGUUACUAAAAUUCUCUCUGCUUCAGUUUCCUCAGUGGUAAAUGGGUAAUUUAGUAAUGUAGUACUUACUGCACAGGGCUGUUGUGAGAGUAAAUGGUUUCAUGUAUGACAAAUCUAAGACAGAAUCCGUUGCUCCCUGAGUGAGUGUGGGUUUGGCAGUUAGGGUCCUACUGUGUCAUGCCUGGAUUCAAGACCUUUAUGAAGCAAUUUGUGAAGUUUUUGGUUAAACAGCACAGAUACCAGAGACAGUCAGACUCAGAUUCCCGGCUUGGAUCAGGUGCUUACCAUUUUCGCCCAUUUCAGCAAAUCAAAUUACUUCCCUCAACCUUCUUUAUCUUUGUCUACAAAUGGCGCCUUUCAAGGAAACUGCCCCAUUUGGAUACCAUUAGGAACACCUAGAAUGAACUCAUUCCGUUUUACUUAGGAUAUAAAAAGACUCUAAGACAUAAAGAGCAACAUCA